AUGCGAAGAGCUCUGGCUGCGAGAUUGCGCAAGGCUCCAGCUGCAUUGCCAAAACGCGCUGCGGGCAGCUUCACCCUCCGUCCUCACAAAACGCUGGUUGCGCCCAUUAAGGUUUCAGCGCCUCACGUCGGCUCUCCGUCGUGGAGUAGCAGGGAAGGCGUGAGUGCACGUCACACGUCCCCAGCUAUGCUGGUUUGGCUCUCUUCAAUCCAGGACACCACGAGCACGAAGCAACUGGUGGUUGUUUUUUGUCCUGGUGGUGGUGACCACUGGUUUUACUGUGGUUUGCGCCCUGUGACUGGCCACAGACAGCUGUGCUACCAGGCCCCAGAUGUUGCUCGGUCCAUGCUGCGUUCGGCGCAGUGGUAG